GUCCUGCAGAGCUGAAAUGUCACUCUGCUGUCUGUAGGCCUUGCAGCACAGACGGCCUGAGUGUUUGACUGGGGGAAUCAGGACAUCUGGAGGGAAUCAAAAUGUCCUCUGGUAUUUGACAGCAGAUGAAGAAGCAGUCUUAACGCAGCAUAUCAAUCUGCUUAUUUGUGUUUGAAAGAGUCUCGGAGCCAUGUCGACUCUACUGAACUGCAUCUCCAGGUCCUGUCUUGUCUUGUCCCAGAGAAGGGUUCAUCAGAAAGUUGUUGGAAGGAGGCAUUUCAGGACCUUUCCUGGAUUAUGGGACCAAAAGGCUACCAGAGGUAUUCCCUACAAAGAUUUAGUGGUUGGUGUUCCUAAAGAAACAGUGUUGAAUGAACGUCGGGUGGCGUUGUCACCUGCCGGAGUUCAGGCUCUAGUCAAACAGGGCUUCAAGGUGCAAGUGGAGAGUGGAGCAGGAGAUGAAGCCAAGUUCUCUGACCAGCAGUACAAGGACGCAGGAGCCACCAUCACUGACGUCAAGGGAGCUCUUGGCUCAGAUUUGGUCCUCAAGGUUCGAGCUCCCAGUUUAAGUGAAGCAGAUCUCCUGAAGCCCAGGUCCACCUUGGUGAGCUUCAUCUAUCCGGCACAGAAUCCAGACCUGAUGAAGAAGCUGUCUGAGAGGCAGAGCACUGUGCUGGCCAUGGACCAGGUGCCCAGAGUUACAAUCGCACAAGGAUAUGAUGCACUCAGCUCCAUGGCCAACAUCGCCGGAUACAAAGCUGUGGUUUUAGCUGCCAACCACUUCGGCCGGUUCUUUACUGGUCAAAUCACAGCUGCAGGAAAAGUACCUCCAGCUAAGGUCCUGGUUAUUGGAGGUGGAGUGGCUGGUUUAGCAGCAGCGGGGGCAGCCAAGUCCAUGGGAGCCAUAGUGAGAGGAUUUGACACCAGGCCAGCAGCACUUGAACAGUUCAAGUCAUUUGGGGCAGAACCUUUGGAAGUAGACAUCAAAGAGUCUGGUGAAGGGGUCGGCGGUUACGCCAAGGAGAUGUCAAAGGAGUUCAUUGAGGCUGAGAUGGCACUGUUCGCCAGGCAAUGUAAAGAUGUUGACAUUAUCGUCAGCACUGCCCUGAUCCCAGGAAAAAAAGCUCCUGUUUUAAUUAAGAAGGAGUUUGUCGAGUCAAUGAAGGACGGCUCUGUGGUGGUGGACCUGGCUGCAGAAACUGGUGGAAACAUCGAGACCACCAAGCCAGGGGAACUGUAUGUCUACAAGGGAGUGACUCACAUCGGUUACAGCGACCUUCCCAGCCGCAUGGCCACACAGGCCAGCACUCUGUAUUCAAACAAUAUCCUGAAGCUGCUGAAGGGCAUCAGCCCAGACAAAGAAUACUUCCACUACGAGCACUCCGAGGAAUUUGACUAUGGAACAAUCGACCAUGUCAUCCGUGGGACUCUUGUAAUGAAGGAAGGUCACAACAUGUUCCCGUCCCCACUGCCAAAAACGGCCCCGGCAGCCCCUGUAAAACAGAAAACCGUGGCGGAGUUAAAGGCUGAAAAGGCUGCAAUAGUUUCCCCUUUUAACCGCACCUUGACCUCUGCCGGGGUCUACACUGCAGGUGUGUCCACCUGUCUAGCUCUGGGCAUCAUCUCCCCCAACGCAGCUUUCACUCAAAUGGUCACAACCUUUGGUUUGGCUGGGAUCGUGGGAUACCACACCGUGUGGGGGGUGACCCCCGCACUACACUCGCCUCUCAUGUCUGUCACCAAUGCUAUCUCAGGUCUGACCGCAGUAGGAGGCCUGGUGCUAAUGGGUGGAGGUCUCACACCCUCCAGCCUGCCUGAGACUCUCGCCCUGGCUGCUGCCUUUGUUUCCUCCAUCAACAUUGCUGGUGGUUUCCUUAUCACCCAGAGAAUGCUGGACAUGUUCAAACGUCCCACUGACCCUCCUGAAUACAAUUACCUUUAUUUUCUGCCUGGGGCUGCAUUUGUAGGAGGAUACGGAGCUUCAGUGGCUGCUGGAUUCAGCAUAGAGCAGAUGAUGUACCUGGGGUCAGGCUUGUGUUGUGUCGGCGCGCUGGCAGGCCUCUCCGCCCAGAAUACAUCCCGUUUGGGGAACGCUCUGGGCAUGAUGGGAGUGGCAGGGGGCAUUGCUGCCACCAUCGGUGCCCUCAAACCCUCACCAGAGCUUCUGUCUCAGAUGUCUUUAGCCAUGGCCACUGGCGGGACCCUGGGCCUCACUAUCGCCAAGCGUAUUGAAAUCACAGACUUGCCACAGCUGGUGGCAGCCUUCCACAGCCUGGUGGGGCUUGCGGCGGUCCUCACCUGCAUUGCCGAGUACAUGAUUGAGUUCCCUCACCUGGAAACUCACCCUGCGGCAGGUGUCCUGAAAACCGUGGCCUAUCUGGGCACCUACAUUGGAGGCGUCACCUUCAGCGGAUCUCUGGUGGCCUAUGGGAAGCUUCAAGGCAUCCUGGACUCUGCUCCCCUGCUGUUGCCUGGUCGACACAUGUUAAACGCUGGUCUGAUGGCGGCAUCUGUGGGAGGCAUGGUGCCCUUUAUGCUCAGUUCCAGCUAUGGUACUGGGAUGGGGUGUUUAAUGGGACUGUCUGGGCUUUCAGCUGUCAUGGGGGUAACACUCACAGCAGCUAUCGGUGGAGCCGACAUGCCGGUGGUCAUUACUGUGUUGAACAGCUACUCAGGAUGGGCGCUCUGUGCUGAAGGCUUUUUACUAGACAACAAUCUCAUGACGAUUGUAGGAGCCCUGAUCGGCUCCUCUGGUGCCAUCCUUUCAUACGUCAUGUGUGUGGCUAUGAACCGCUCGUUGCCCAAUGUGAUCCUGGGAGGGUACGGCACCACCUCUACAUUAGGUGGAAAGCCCAUGGAGAUUGUUGGCACCCACACCGAGGUCAAUGUGGAACAAACGGUUGACAUAAUCAAAGAAGCCAACACAGUCUUAAUUACACCAGGCUGGGGUCUGUGUGCAGCCAAAGCCCAGUACCCAAUAGCAGACAUGGUGAAAAUGUUAAGAGAACAAGGCAAGACUGUCAGGUUUGGUAUCCACCCAGUGGCUGGUCGUAUGCCCGGCCAACUGAACGUUCUCUUGGCUGAAGCUGGCGUUCCCUAUGACGUGGUCCUGGAGAUGGAUGAGAUCAAUGACGACUUUCCAGAGACGGAUUUGACGCUGGUCAUCGGAGCAAAUGACACUGUAAAUUCUGCUGCACAAGAAGAUCCCAAUUCUAUAAUUGCUGGCAUGCCUGUGCUGGAAGUGUGGAAGUCCAAGCAGGUUAUAGUGAUGAAGCGUACACUUGGAGUGGGCUACGCAGCGGUGGACAACCCCAUUUUCUACAAACCCAAUACAUCAAUGUUGCUAGGAGAUGCCAAGAAAACAUGUGAUGCCCUGCAAGCAAAGAUCAGAGAGGUCUACUAUUAGUUACAACUCAUCUUUUUCCUGUACAAAAUUAAAUCCACAGAAGCUAUUCUCCCAGUAAAUUAUUUAAGGAUCUGGGUAUUUUUUGGAGAUUAAUUUGAUCUGCAAAGAAUAAAGCAUAAUACAUUC